GCCCGUCCUGCUCCUUCCUCCUGCUGGUGCUGAAGGAGCAGCUGCAGGAGCUCCAGGCCGCUCUGCUCGCCUCCAUCCUGGACAUGGAGGAGUUCAGGAAGGGCCGCUGUUCCUCCUCCUCCUCCACCUCCUCCUCCUCCUCCUCCUCCUCCAGUGGGCCCAGCUCUCCUCUGGACUGGACCGACGGGCUGCUGCUCCUCCACAGCUGCCCUCCUCCUCUGGACCAGCACCUCCUCCGACUGCUGGGACACUCCCAGGUGAGGAGCAGGAAGUCCAUCCUGAGCUCAGCAGGUGUGCAGCAGCUUCCCAGCAGGCUGAUCCAGUACCCGGCUGCUCCGUGUAAAGGAGGCAUCACAGUGAGCAGAGAGGAUUUAUUGUGUCUGAACGACGGAGAGUUCCUCAACGACGUCAUCAUCGACUUCUACCUCAAGUUUCUCCUCCUAGAAGGAGUGAGCAGCUCGGUGUGCAGCAGGAGUCAUGUAUUCAGCAGCUUCUUCUAUAAACAGCUGAGUCGUCGCCGAGCAGCCGGAGAGGACGACGUCGCCUCCGUCCCAGAUCGUCACAUGAGGCAUCAGAGAGUGAAGACGUGGACUCGACAUGUCGACAUCUUCACCAAAGACUUCCUGUUUAUCCCCGUUAAUCAGGAAGCUCACUGGUUCCUGGUGGUGGUGUGUUUCGCUGGUCUGGAGGAGUCCCAGUACGAGAAGAGAGCGAGCGGACCAGACCAACAGACAGGAAGUAGAGACAACGUGACAUCACAGACAGGAAGUAGAAACACUGUGACAUCACAGACAGGAAGUAGAAACAACGUGACAUCACAGACAGGAAGUAGAAACACUGUGACAUCACAGACAGGAAGUAGAAACAACGUGACAUCACAGCAGCCGCAAUGUUCAGAGCUCGGCUGCCUGAGAGAGACGGUGUUAAAGAGGUCUUGUAUUCUGGUCAUGGAUUCGCUGAAGCUCAGUUACCAUGACAACGUGUGCCGACUGCUCAGAGAUUAUCUGCAGGUAGAGUGGGAGGUGAGGAGAGGAACCCCGCGGCUCUUCACAGCCGACAGCAUGCGGAGCUCCAGCUGUCGAGUUCCUCAGCAGGACAACAGCAGCGACUGUGGACUCUACCUGCUGCAGUACGCCGAGAGCUUCUUAAAGAACCCGGUGGUGCACUUUGAACUCCCGCCGCGGUUGGACGGCUGGUUUCCGCGGCAACAGGUUCGGAGGAAGCGCGAGGAGAUCCGGCGGCUGAUCAUGAAGAUGCACGACGGCCAGCAGCGACGGACCAAUCACAGCAGCCUCCUUUAAACCUGCUAUUAAUUAUAAUCUAUUUUUCUAGAUUUAAUAUAUUAUAUUAAUAUAUUAAUAUGUUAAUAUACUUUAUAUAUGUGGUAUAAUAAUAUAUUUUGUAAAGUGUGAAUCUCUGUAAAUGUUUUAUUUUAAUAAACUUUAAACUUGA